CCUCUCUCUCUCUCCCCUCCCGAAAACCCCCGAGCAGCCGACACACACCAGCACACAGCACGAGCGAAGAGACGCGGCCAUGGCGAUGGCCCCGCCGCCCGCCUGCUCGCUCCUCCGGGUCGCUGCGGCUGCGCCCAUUUCCGCCGCCUCCACCUCCGUUUCCACUCCGCGGGGCCCCGGUUUACUCCCUUCCCCGCGUUCCGCUUCCGCCCGCCGCCACCUCACCACGGCAUGGUCCCCAAAGGCCGCGGCCUCGGCGUCUGUCGAAAUCCAGGAUGAGUACGCGGAUGAGAUGGACGCGGUGAACAUUGCGCAGGACGUCACCCAGCUAAUUGGAAAAACACCAAUGGUGUAUCUCAAUAAUGUUGUUGACCGUUGUGUGGCUAAUAUCGCUGCAAAGCUCGAGUACAUGGGCCCUUGCCGAAGCGUCAAAGAUAGGAUUGGGUUAAGCAUGAUUAAUGAUGCUGAAGAGAAGGGAUUAAUUUCUCCAAAUAAGACCAUCUUGGUAGAACCAACCACUGGCAAUACUGGUAUAGCCAUUGCUUCUGUGGCUGCAGCUAGAGGAUACAAGCUGAUAGCUACUAUGCCUUCAUCAAUAGACAUCGAGAGACGCAUUCUUCUACGUGCAUUUGGAGCGGAGAUUGUGCUAUCUGAUCCUACCAAAGGACUAAAAGGAGCUUUUGAUAAAGCAAAGGAAAUAGUUUUGAGGACACCAAAUGCAUAUAUGUUUCAGCAGUUCAACAACGAGGCAAAUAGUGAGAUCCACUUUCAAACCACAGGCCCAGAAAUAUGGGAAGACACACUGGGUACUGUUGACAUACUUGUUGCAAGCAUAGGGACAGGUGGUACCAUUACUGGCACAGGGCGCUACUUGAAAAGGAUGAACAAGGAUAUUAAGGUCAUUGGGGUAGAGCCAGCUGAAACUAGUGUGAUCUCUGGUGACAACCCAGGUUACAUUCCAAGUAUAUUAGAUGUUCAGUUGAUUGAUGAGGUUGUGAAGGUUAGCACCGCAGAAGCCGUCGAAUCUGCUAGGGAACUUGCACUAAAAGAGGGCUUGCUGGUUGGUAUUUCUUCAGGCGCUGCAGCAGUUGCUGCUAUUAAUGUUGCCAGAAGACCUGAAAAUGCUGGAAAGCUGAUUGCGGUCAUUUUCCCCAGCUUCGGGGAGAGAUAUCUCUCCAGCAUCCUAUUCCGCCCAAUAUAUGACUCAGUUCGAAGAAUGAGGAAGAAAUAGGCAGCCUUUUACAACUUAAAUAGAGUGACCCUUCCCUCCUCUAAACGUGACUGGCUUCCACGGCAUGACAAACAUGAAAGAGUAAAGACCCUGGUAGAUUGCAACAAGCAGGGUACAAAGGUUUGAACUGGGAGAACACCAAUCAUAGGGCCUUGCAGCUGCAUAGAGUUUCUUGCAAUUGAGCUGCAGGCCGCAGCUUGGUUCAGGACAGACUGCCUCACGUUUAGAACCUGCCGCUACAACCUUGGUGAAACAUGCAGAAUGGGGUGCUGCAGUUAGCUUAGAAUCUUUCUUUCAGUAGCCUAGGACUGGGGAUAAACCAGAUUUGUAAUCUGAUAGACUGAUACGCACUUGAGCUGAUCCUAGUAAGCAAUUUAUCGGCACAUUCUUUUUCCUACUGAA